AUGGCACCGCUAGCGUGCCCCGGGUUACGCUGCAUUACAACUCUGGUAGUGCUGAUGAUAGUGCUAAGGGUUCGUGAUGUAUACGCGGUCAGCGGUAUAUACGUGAACAAUCACAAGAUAGACAAAUUUGAGACGGAUCGCGUUAAGCUGGUACGUCCAGCGGACACCAACACCCAGGAACCGUCGAAUUAUGUCAGUAAGCAUGGUUUGCUAACGAAAGACAACUUUACCAGCGCGCAGCAGUACUACCAGUACCUCGUCGGUGAAGAUCCCGUCAACUACAUUGAUCUGCUGUGGGGCAAAAACAAAACCCAGCUACCGUCGAUAUUUCGCAUCGGUGGUGUUUCCUCAGCUAAUUAUCAGUUUACGACCGCCGCACCACCGAUUGCCGGAUUCACCCUCAACUACUCCGAUGAUCAAUCGCCAAUCAAAAACACGCUCAACAACACGAAUCUUGCCUACCUCGGGGAUUACCAACGUCCACAAUCAGCACAAUCAAGUGUGGUAACGGCAUUGCCAUUCAGGCAACCGGUUUCCACUAUCCGGCCCCCAACAAAUCCCACUCGAAAGCGGCGAAAGAAGAAGCCAACUACUGGUACGGUGCCGUCCGCUCAGCAGGUGUUACUACCAACGGCGCUCGACGCGAUCGGUAUGCCACUGUCGGACACCACCAAAGCGGAACUAACGCCAGAGACGCUAUCCCUGUUAAGCCGUUACUACUCCUUUAGCUGCACUCUCACACCUAUACAACCGACGCCGUCAGCGCAUCCGACCUCAUCGACAGUCCUGCCACCGAUCAGCACGACACGCCGCACGAAGACACGUUACCUCACCAGUAAACCCACGGUAAAGCCCACUUCGAAGCGACCAAAACCCAGCACCGGCUCGAGUGGCGUCAAACAAAAGAAACCCGUCGUCUAUGUGGAUCCGCCAGUGAUAAAGCGUAUCGGUGGAAUGCUUGAGUCGGUGUACACGUUCAUGGAGAACGCCCUUACGAGCACCGAGUACGUGGAGGACUCGGCAGAGACGCGUGCGGUGAAGAAUUCCAACACGACCAAAGCUCCAACGCUUCCAAACUCCAAGAGCUCCAAAGUGAAACGAAACACCUACACGAAGUCAUCCGUCGGUGAUGCGGAGUACGUUGGCAGUGCAUCCGGGGAACCUGAUAGCGCUUCCCGUGCCACACUCGCGGACACCGAACAAACGUGGCUACCGGUGGGGCAUGAUGAGGUGUCGAAAGUUACCAAACAAAUUACGCCCAAACUGGUCACCAUUUCCGGACUCCCUUCAACGCUCAGUGCGGAUGGGAAUAAGAACAAAAUGACUACCAACAUACAGGUGACGAGUGAGUAUACGGCGGCGACACCACCGACCGUUACGCUCGGCAAACCACGUCCCGAUGACAGCGAGGAAUACGAUGACAGCAGUGAGGAGGAAUCGGAGGAGGACUUCUUCGACGGAUUCGGAGGGUUCGAAGAAGCGGACGACGAAGACGACGACGAUGAUGAGGAUGAGGAUGAUGGGAAUGACGAGCUGUACGGUGUUGGUAGUAGUGGACCGGUUCGUCCAAAUCGGCAGACAGCGCUCACCAACGACAAGGAUUACGAGGACGUUGCCACACACGUCGAACGGCCGGUGCGCAUUAAGCGUGUGAAGAAGCGACGGAGAAAGAAGCGCCCGGCGGUUAGCUACGAGGAUACGGCAGAGUACAGCGAUGAGGAUGGUUCCGAGGAGUUGGCAGACGAGUACGACGACAGAGACGAAUCGAACGGUGAGGAGGAUGAGGAGGACGAUUACGAUUCCGGCGAGUCACCAGACGAUGCGGAAGGAUUCUUUAGCAGAAUGUUUUCCACGUUUGGACGGUUUGUGCGAUCGCUUGGUUUUGGGGCGGCGGCACGCGGCACACCGGACGACUACGAUGACUAUUACGGUGGGAAUGCGCGCAGUACGACACCGCGCGUGCAGAGUGUACGGCGACGUCCCACGCGCAGCACCUCGGAAGAUGCCACCCUGGUGACACCUAACCAUCUAGCAAUGUUAUCGCCUGUACGGAGCCCUACAAAUUGGCUCGGUAUGCCGGGAUCUUAUCUAGUGAACGACAUCGCGGAGGAGCAAGACGUUCCACCGUUGGAAUUUCCCGCCGUAACUGCUCCGACGACCUCCACCACCGGGUGGUUCGAUCUGAUGAUGCCAUGGGAUUUUUUCAACCCCUGGACAUCGGGUGAUUCGUCCGGAGAAGGAGAGGAACUUCAUGUCACGAUACCACCCGUUACGGCAGUGCCGGAAAUGGAGCAACAACCCACGCCGACACCGUCCUCACCAGUGUCUGGAUGGUUGUCACAGUUUUUCGGUGCAAGUACCACAAAGCCGCCACCUGCAACUACUGCAAUACCGAAGCCAGAUCAACUGCUCUCAGUGUUGGCCCAAUAUGUCGCACAAACUGCCUCAACCAAGCGUCCCCCGGAGCCCGGAUCGGUGCAGACGACCCAACAUCCAUCCCGGCCAGUUUCCUACACAAACUAUCAACUUUGGCGCGUUUUCGUCCACACCGCGGAUCAGUUGCAACGGCUGGAAGACUAUCGGCAGUCUCCGGAUGGGAUACGGCUACAGUGGUGGAGCAACCCCUCAACAGUGCGCCCGACGGAUGUGCUGGUUCCUCCCGGUGUACAGGCCGACUCCUUGCGCGAGUUCCUGGAAGAGGAGGGACUACGGUACGAACCCACCAUACGCGAUGUAGGACAAGCGAUUGCCUACGAGAACCCACGCCUUACACGCCGCGAACAGAUGGAGAUGGAACUACUGCAGGGCCAUCCACUCACCUGGUACCGGUACCAUCGGUACGGCGACAUCGUGAAGUUCGUUCACCACCUGCAGAGACGUCAUCCUCGGCACGUGCAGCUGCUGCAUAUAGGCCGCUCGUACGAAGGUCGCCCUGUGACGGUGGUGCGCGUAUCAUUCGGACCGCAGCGACCUAAACGAUCGCGGAAACCCUCGAAGAAAAGACCAGCAGUGUUUGUAGAGGCUGGCGCCCAUGGUCACGAGUGGAUAGGGCCUGCCGUUGCUACGUGGCUUUUGAACCGACUCUUGGAGCUGCCUGACGUAUUGCAAGGGAAUAGUACACCCUCUACCGAGUCUGCUGAUCUGAAGAUGGUGCAGUCGUACGACUGGUACGUACUGCCGGUACUGAACCCGGAUGGGUACGAGUACAGCCACAGGCACGAUCGUUUGUGGUCUAAGAAUCGCUCAAACCAAACGCAACAUGCACCGGCCGGUGUUGGACAGGCACUCCUCUCAAGCGCCAUCAGCUGGUGGAAUGCUCACAAACCGCAUCUCACCGAGGACACCGGGCCGGUGGAGAGUUGCUACGGCGUGGACCUGAACCACAACUGGGCGUACCAUUGGCAGCAAGCAUCCGACCCGAUGUACCGCAAUCCGUGCAGUGACAGUUACGCCGGUGCCGAACCAUUCUCCGAACCAGAAUCUCGUGCAUUGCGCGAUUUUCUCCUCACCAGACGUCGCAACGUUCGGCUGUACCUGUCACUGCAGGCGUACGGACAGGUGUUGGCAUAUCCCGACAUCGAUAGCACUAUCACGCGGUAUGGGCCGGAAGCGUUCGGUGACGUGCACGAGAUGGCGUCGGUCGGUUUGGAGGCGAUGCGUGGCGAGGCUGGCGAGUUUUUGUACAGCCUCGAGCCGGAGACGGGACCUCUUACGUACGGUACUGCGACCGGUUAUGCACGGCACGGUGCCGGUAUACGGUACAGCUACACCUUCCGACUUCCGGAUAAAGGUACGCACGGUUUGUUACUUCCACCCUCGAGCAUUGUGCCGAUCGGACGCGACCUGUACGAGUUGCUUAAGGGUAUGAUAGAGUAUAGUUAA